UCCUGCCGAAGAAUAUGGUGCGUUUUCGGGAUGGUCUUUGUGCUACCUGGAUGUGGAGUCCCCGCGGACUUUGAGUUCUGAGACUACUGAUCUGUCCCGGGUUCACGCGAGGGAGGAUGUGGCCGUGCGUCCCGCCACUUGUAGUGGGAGGGCGAAAAGAAUCAAUAAGGAUGCAAGGAGAGGCAAGCCCUAGUGCUUCCCUUAUUGACAGAACCAUCAAGAUGAGAAAAGAAACAGAAGCUAGGAAAGUGGUUUUAGCCUGGGGACUCCUAAACGUAUCUGUGGCUGGAAUGAUAUAUACUGAAAUGACCGGAAAAUUGAUUAGUUCAUACUAUAAUGUGACAUACUGGCCCCUCUGGUAUAUUGAACUUGCCCUUGCAUCUCUCUUCAGCCUUAAUGCCUUAUUUGACUUUUGGAGAUACUUCAAAUACACUGUGGCACCAACAAGUCUGGUUGUUAGUCCUGGACAGCAAACUCUUUUAGGUUUGAAAACAACUAUGGUACAGACUACUACUACACAUGAUCUGGCAGCUACCCAAAUCCCUGCCUCCCCACCUUCUCCUUCUAUUCAGGGUCAGAGUGUGUUGAGUUACAGCCCAUCUCGUUCACCCAGUACCAGUCCCAAGUUCACCACCAGCUGUAUGACUGGAUACAGCCCUCAACUGCAAGGUCUGUCCUCAGGUGGCAGUGGUUCUUAUAGCCCUGGAGUGACCUACUCACCAGUUAGUGGUUAUAAUAAGUUGGCGAGUUUUAGUCCCUCUCCUUCUUCUCCAUACCCUACCACUGUUGGCCCAGUGGAGAGCAGUGGAUUGAGGUCUCGCUACCGUUGUUCACCCACCAUCUAUAACUCACCUACUGACAAAGAGGACUACAUGACAGACCUACGGACUUUGGACACUUUUCUUAGAAGUGAAGAAGAGAAGCAGCAUAGAGUUAAGCUGGGGAGCCCAGAUUCUACCUCUCCUUCUUCCAGCCCAACUUUCUGGAACUACAGUCGUUCUGUAGGGGAUUACGCACAGACUUUAAAGAAGUUUCAGUAUCAGCUUGCCUGUAGGUCUCAGGCCCCAUGUGCUAACAAAGAUGAAGCUGAUCUUACUUCUAAACAGGCUGCAGAGGAGGUUUGGGCAAGAGUGACUAUGAAUAGACAACUUCUUGAUCAUAUGGAUUCAUGGACCGCUAAGUUUAGAAAUUGGAUCAAUGAGACAAUACUAGUGCCACUUGUACAAGAGAUUGAGUCCGUCAGCACCCAGAUGAGACGAAUGGGUUGUCCAGAGCUCCAAAUAGGAGAGGCUAGUAUUACUAGCUUGAAACAAGCUGCUCUGGUCAAAGCCCCUCUCAUUCCAACUCUGAAUACAAUUGUGCAGUAUCUAGACCUAACACCAAAUCAGGAAUAUUUGUUUGAAAGGAUCAAAGAGCUUUCUCAAGGAGGCUGUAUGAGCUCGUUUCGGUGGAACAGAGGUGGAGACUUCAAAGGACGCAAGUGGGAUACAGACCUGCCCACUGAUUCUGCGAUCGUCAUGCAUGUGUUCUGCACCUACCUUGAUUCUAGAUUACCUCCACAUCCUAAGUAUCCUGAUGGAAAAACAUUCACCUCUCAGCACUUUGUUCAGACGCCAAAUAAACCAGAUGUUACAAAUGAGAAUGUUUUUUGCGUUUAUCAAAGUGCUGUCAACCCUCCACAUUAUGAGCUUAUCUACCAGCGCCAUGUCUACAGUCUUCCAAAGGGCAGAAAUAAUAUGUUUCAUACAUUGCUCAUGUUCCUCUACAUAAUAAAGACCAAAGAGUCAGGAAUGCUUGGGAGAGUUAAUCUUGGUCUAUCUGGUGUGAAUAUUUUGUGGAUUUUUGGUGAAUAAUGAGUCAUUUCAUUCCAAACAUUUGGACUUUUAUUUUAUGGAACCAGAAGUUGAGUACAAGCAUCUCUGAGUCACCAUCUCUUCUGAAAUAAGAUACGUGUGUGUUGCAGACUUGUUAGAUUUAACCAAAAAUUACCUACUAUGAAACUGCCUCAUGAAAGUAUGCCCUGUAAUUUCUGCUAUAAGAAACAUUACCUUUUACAUCGCAUUGAGAAACUUCAACUGACUACAACCCUUCAGAUGUUUAGUGCAAAAUGGUGCAGUUCCCCCUUGGUUAAAUAAAUUGAAGAGCCCUUUUUCAUUGAAACCCCUAAAUAAGAAUCAUUCACCUGAUUGUUCAUCACAAAAAUGUUUUUAGUUGUGUUAUUUAGUAGUGUAAAUACUCAACAAAAGAAAACUGAUUUUCUUUGUUUAAUCUCUGUAUUUCCCCAGUAUUCUGCAAAUCAGUCUAAAGCCUAUAUUCAAGGAAAUGAAAUUAAUUUCUGAGAAAUGCAGUAGUUAGCCCAUGUAUACAUUUUAAAUACGACUAAAGGAAGUAUGAGGCGUCCUCACUUGCAUGAACUCCUGGCCUUGACCUUAGAGGUACGCCGAGCUCUACUGGUGGAGCUCCCAGGAAGCCCCUGUGCUUAGUGCUUUUCCCCAGCACUCCCGUGGCCACUUCUGAGCUUGUCUUCCAGCAUGUGGUCCUCACUCUGUGCCACUCUGAGUGGGGUGUUUCUUGUACCUUCUAUCUGCAGGCCAUAUCUGGCUCUUGGGAAGGCUGAACAGGUACAUGAGGACUCCGCUUAGGAGCAGCUAAGGGGAUUGAUGGGGUGUGUGUGUGUUAGAACUGUACCGUGCAGCAGCAGGAGGAGGGCAAUGUGCACUACACAUGGGACUUGGCCUCCUCCAUGGUGGGUAAGCUUGAAAAAAAAAAAAAGUUUGACAGUAUUGGUGUUUUUAAAAAGUCAACUUUUAGAUUAAAUUCAGCUGGUAGAA